AUGCACAACGUAUUUACUGGGACAGCAAAGCAUGUUAUGAAGAAUGUUUGGUUAGAUGUGGAAAAGCCAGUUCUUGACAAGAAAGACUUAGAGAAAGUCCAAGAUAAGAUGGACAAGCUGAAAGUUCUAGCCAGUGUGGGGAGGAUGCCCAAAAAAAUUGAGAACAGUUAUGGAGGCUUUACAGCAGACCAGUGGAAGUCGUUUACUGUUCUAUUCUCCAUAUACGCCUUGUGGGAUAUAUUACCAAGGAAUGACUUAGAACUUUGGAGAGAUUUUGUGAUGGCUUGUUCUUACCUUUGUUGUCCAGUCAUCACAGAAAUGAAGGCACUUUCAGCUCACUCGUAUCUUUUAAAGUUUUGUAAGAAUUUUGAACAGCUCUAAGGGAAGCACAGAGUUACACCGAAUAUGCAUCUGCAUUCUCAUCUUGUAGAUUGUGUCUUGAAUUAUGGACCUCUUUAUUCAUUUUGGCUGUUCAGCUUUGAACGCUAUAAUGGUAUUCUUGGUGAGUUUGGAACAAAUCAACGUGCGGUUGAAAUUCAGUUAAUGCGAAAGUUCACUUCAAGUCAAUAUGUGAAUGAUUUACACUGGCCAGUUGCAUUCCAAAGUGUAUUCAAACCUUUGCUUAUCAGACUUGUCUCAAAACAAUCUGGAAGUCUUCAUGAGCAGUCAUUAUCAGAGCACGACCAUUUGUCUCGAGAUGUUAUCCAGUGUAUAGUCUUUUGUCUAUAGGUCCUGUACGAACAAGUGCCGAGAUUGCCAACAGUGUCCUCAUGUACACAUGCUGUGGGCCCUGCUCAAGAGAUACCAUUGACCCAGAUGUUCUUCCCCAUCUAAAGAAGCGCUAUAAAACAAUUUUUGAUAAGCUAGAUGAAACUUCUGUUACGUGUCACUUUCAAAGAUGUGCUUGUUGCAAAUUCAAUGGGGAUCUCUUUGGCUCACAAAUGUCAAGAGGAGAUCGGUCAGCAUUUGUUUUGGUAAGUUGGUGUAAACUUGGUGGAGCAAUUGACACCUCUGGAUCUGAUUUGAGGGCAGGAGUCAUUGAUUACUUUAUAAAUCAGAAUGUGUCUGUCAAUGGUCACUAUGAGACCUGUAUUUUAGCUGGAGUGCGUUGGUUUCAAGAACAUCCCUCAAGACACUCCCUGGGAGCUCCAGUCGAGGUCUGGUGUAAAGACCUCUUUGAACGUGAAUGGGAUGCCACCUUUAUACCAGUACAGAGAAUCCAUGGAAAGUUUAUUCCAGCAAUAGAUCUUAUCAAUGGUGAGCAUGUUCUUGUAGUGUGCCCUCUUGCCCGCAAACUGCAAUGUUGACUUUGAUGAUCGUCAAAUUUCCUCCUCCAUUGUACCCUGCGAGCAGAGUUUACAUUUUCGUUGUGUGAGCUGUCGUCCGAAAAGUAGCCUCUGCCGACAACUGUUCAAAUCCGUCCAGAAAUCUGGACGAAUAACAAAAUUAUUUAAAAAGUGGGUUUUUUCCUGUUCUUAACCAGUUUAAUUAGAGCACUGCAUGAGUCUUGCGUAGCCAAUCGGAGUUGUUGCAAUUUUUUUAUUCCGGCAAAACUAAUGCCAUUUGACAACAGACCAUGAUGUUAAUUUUGCUUGCGAAUUACGUGAUGAAUUUCGCGCAUGCACGAUAGAAGAUUGAACAGUUGUUGGCAGAGGCUACUUUUUGCAUGCGAGCUCACACAGCAAAAAUGUAGCCUCUGCUCGCAGGGUACCUCCAUUGUAUAUGUAAAGUAUAAACUUAGAAAUAUUUCAUAUUUCCAAAAUUUUCUUUUCAUGCGGAAUUUAGAAGAAAUACAUGUACAGACUGAGUGAACAUAGUUAAAAUGGCAAGUAUUCUUUUGGGUAGCUUGAUUUGAGUAGGGAUUGUUUGGGGGUAUUAAAAAGAAUCGGUAGUGCCCUUGCUGCGUAGUUCUGCGAGUAAAGUACAAACAAAUGUGUUUUGCUGUUGUUUAAUAGUUAACUAUGGUGUCGCUUUACAUCGCACGUGUUAUAUAAUAGUCUGCAUUUUUGGUCCAGGGCUUUUUUUGGGUCUUGACUUUUGGCUCCAUUCGACCAUCCCCGUCACUUGAAAUCCUGAGUACCCCCCCCCCCUCCCGGGGUGUGUCUAUAGAGCUGGGUUCCAUGACUGUAAAAGGUACAAUGUAAAUGCAAUUAUCUCAGAAAUAAAAUAUUUGGAGCUACAGUGUAUUAAAUCAUGUAGGUAAUUGCAAGGCUGAAGAUAAAUAUGGGCUGUUUCAGGUGAUGUUGGCUAGCUCAACGCGGAGCCCGGUCCCAGGCUAUGUUAAAGAUAGCCUAGAGAUGCUCCUUUAAAUUCAUGAUGUCAAAACAUAUUUAUUAUUGUGGCUGUUCAUUGACACAUUUGGUCACAAUUAUGGGCAAACGUGGAGUUUGUCUGGACAAAAUGUUCAUUUUAGCUGGACCUUGUCCGUUUACUGUCCAAUAUUUGAGCGUUCUGCAAACUGUAUAUUAAGUAAGUUAGUUCACAAGUAACUGUAGCAAAAAUUCCAGUGCUUUUCUCUGCGUGAAAGAUAAACAAUAAUGAAGGAAAGUCUGAUGUUGACAACUAUGUGCAGUAUCGAGACUAUUAACAGGCAGUUCCUUUGGUGAAAAUUAUGGCCGUUAAAUUGAUCUCCUUAAUAAUAACUGUAUUAAGUUUGUUUUCCAGUAUUAAUUUACUCUCUACAACAGUUUUACCAGUAAUGAAAUUUAUUUGGUGGAACAAAACUAUGCCUGUAACUGUAAAAUGGCCUUUUCUUAGUAUAGAAUGUAUGUGAUAUGUAGGGUUUUCUUUUUAGAACAAUAACAUUAUUGUUCCUCUCACUAAAAUCCCCAACUUGAGGUUAUCAAUGCUGUGGUAAUGCUGUGGUUUAUGUUUAAUGCUCUAGGUUAGGGUUAGGGUUAAGCACCCAUUUUUUGUCAACUCAAAGAACUGCCCUGGUAUUUAUUUUUCGCAUUUAUGGCAAGUCUAGGGUUAAUUAAUUGCAUUAAUGUAAAUUUUGGUGAACUAAAAUUAAAAUGAUGUCUAAAUAUCCUGUAUUCCUUUAGUCUUGUUGUGUAUUGAUCUAACAUUGUGCUGAAUUUUUGUAACUGCUAGUCUCUUCAGUAGACAAAAGUUUCGCUUUUUAUCUAUGUCCUUUUUAAUUCUAUUAAGAAGUGCAAUGUUUUGGCAGUUCAAAGGUCGCACUCUGAUGUGGGCACAUUAUGUCCCAUAUACUGCGUAUCUAUCUCACUUUGGCGCAGUUUUGUUACAUUUCGGCGGGAAUCUGUGGUCGUUUUUCGGUCAUGGAAGACGAAAUAUUAUUUAAAGUGGAAGGAAAACAAAGAUUUGUUGUUCAGAGAGAAUGGCGGAAACCUACCAAGCGCCUCCAGAUUUGGAACGCGGACAAAGGUAAGCAAAAUAAAAUUAAUGUGGGCGGAUUAAGUGAUUCAACUCGCUCGUGUACUUUUCCGAUUUUCCCAAUUGUCCCCUAAAUGGAUAGCUUGCUUGUGCCCGUAGCCAGGUUUUUCUUCUUGGCGGGGUGGUACGGUCCAAUGAGGAAACGAAUCGAACGAGGCCGAAGACGCAAUUCGGUGUGUGUUGACCAUUACAAAAAUGAAGGCACAGAUGAAAAUACAUAAAUUAAAAAAAAGGCCAGGUUUUAUUCAGACAGAUUCAAAAUGUAACACAGCAUUUUAUGGACUCUGCAGUAUGAGAGACAUGCAUACUAGUACUUUAGGAUGAUAAAUUUACUGUAUGGUUAUCAUCUUAACUGUACCCUAGAUACUUAUUCAAUACAGCAAUAUAUUCCAUAUCACAUAUGCCGCGUAGUAGUUUUCUUUGCUGAUCACUAGUGCCCGCAUCAAAUUAAGUCCUAUUUAAGAACCCAAGUAGCCUAAGUUAAAAAAACUCUAGGUUCUUAGUGGUGCCCCUCGCACGCGCUUUGUGUGCAAGCGGAGCCCCAUAGCUAAGAAAAUUUGGUAAUCUAUCCAUCUGAGAAAAUCUGGUUUUGACGUCAGCGACGACCUCCCGUCUGUACAGAUACUGGGGGAGGGGAAGGGAGUCAGAAGUCAGCCCGUCCAAAGUCAGAAGUAAGCCCAUAAUUAGAAAAAAAAAGUGUGCUGCAUGCGCAAAGUUGUUUUUUUUACUAAUUAGACUUAUUGUUGUUGUCUUUUACCGUUCACCUUGUCUUUAGUAUUACCGGUACUCAACUUUAUAUUUCUUGAGAAAACUGUAAAUAUUAAAGGGAGCUAAGCUUUUAGCCCUGGCUAAAUCUAUAUAUUAUAUGAGGGUUUUUACUGUAUUUGAAACGGGUACAGUAAAUGUCUUGUAGGUAUACCAAAUCCCCUUUUUAUACGUUUUCAAGAAGACUAAAACAUUUUCUUGGAAAGCGUGAGUCAGUGAAUCAAUCAAUCAGUGAAUUAGACAUCAUUGAUCAACAAAAGUGGACGUCUGGGGGCUUGAUGGGUGUGCAAGCACACCCAUCGUACCCCCCUUCCCUACGGGCCUGCUGCUGCAGAAAUGUAGUUGAACUUUCCCUCUUUGUUUGAAAUAUGUCUUAUGGUAAAACAAACUUACCGGUACCUUAUUAAACAUAAUAUGAUUGAAGCUGUAGUUAAUAUUAAUGUAUGGGGUUUUAACAUAGCUAGGUGAAAAAAAUCUAGCCUGCAAGAAACCAGGAUGAUAUAUAAUCUUACUCUUUUUAUUAAUUUUAUUUUAAACAAUAUUUAUUCAGGGAUGCCCAGUUCAGCGAGGCUGGUAUGAAUGUAUUCCUGAUGAAAAGAAAAAACAACUCAAAAGACAAUAACAGAUAAAAAAAUGGAACAACUAAGUAUAGCAAAAGCAUUGGAGGCUCAAUUUGGCUUGGAUCUAAGGGACCUUUUUAGGCCAAACCCAAACGUAUUUAAAUCAUGCUUGCUCCUCAGGGCCAGAGAAAGCGUGUUCCACAUAUUGGCUCUGCUUAACGUAAAGGAGCCCUGGUGCUUAGUUGUCAUAGCUAGUGGUAGACGGAGCUAAACUCCGUAUGGCGCGUGUUAUAUGAAUGGAAGUGGCACGUGUGGCUAAAUUCAUUAGGUAAAUAUGCUGGAGCCAGGCCAUGAAGGCUCUAAAACACUAGCAUGCACUUCAGAUAGUCCCGGUGAGAUUGGACCAUAGGCCAAACGAGAGUGCGAGAUACCUGCUAUUGGGAAACUGUGUAGCCUAUGCAGCCAAGUACUCUCGGUCAGCCUUACUGCAGGAGAUUUACAUACUUAUUUAUAUACAAAUCAUAUGCCGGGCACUUAUUAGGUUUUACAGGUUUAGAACACUGGGCUCCCUUCUUGUCCUUAGAGGGUAGCCUUGAGUCUUUGCUCUUAAUAUUAAGAUUGCAACCUUAAAAAAGUUAAAGGUAAGAAAUCAUGUUGGGUAAUUUAAGAAAUUAAGAAUGUUAAGAUACUCCAUGAAAAAAACAACCUUUCUAACUUCAAAUUACUGUAGUCAUACUUUUUGAGAUAUAAUACUUACCUCCCCCUCCCCUCCAUUCAAAGUUGUUCUUUCAAGUUUUCAUCAUGAUCUUGUAUUGCUAUUAACUUUGAUGAGGGGAGAAGGGGGUGGUUACAAGCACAAAAUCAUAUGCAGUCUAGUCGAGCCAAAAUUAAGUACAGCACUGUCUCGAGUAUUUCUGCUACUGGUUGAACCUUUUUUCAAUUUUUUUGUCAGGCUAAAUGAGAUACUUAUCAUGAUUAGUAGAAUUUUCCUGGUAUAGAAGAAGUCCAUCUGUUACCUAAACAGUGCUAUUGUUGACUUGUAGUCAACAUUUCUCCCAGGGUAUGAAAGGGUAUUGCUGGGAUCCAGGGACUAAAAUACAAUGCAGGAUUCUAGAAACAGUCAGGACAUGGUCGUUGACUUCUUCUCCAAAGUGGAAUUCUCCAAAAUAAAGUGGGGAUUAGGAAAGUAAACAUGCAUGAUUCAAGAUGGUGAUCACAACAUUUCGGGAUGUGGGUUUCCAAUAACAAGAGGCAAAUAAUUGACCUCAAACCCCAUGUUGUUUGAAAAGCUGCCGAAAACCUUAGACCUGGUAAAGAGUUUUUUAUUUUUAUUUUUGAUGUUUCCUUAAACUUUGCAGAGUGACUCAUGCUUUAUGUUCUUGCAAAAUCACUUGUACUUUUUACCAGUAAGUUCAAAGCAGGGUUCAGAUAUAUGUGCUGUCAAGUAAGGUACCACACGUGUUGAUAAUAAUGCCCAUAAAGACAAUAGGCAACACAAGUUAAACACAAUGGAUUUAAUUUCACUUUAUUAUCAAAUAAAGUUUGAAUUAAUGGUUAUUUUUAGUGGGUCUAGUGACUUUGUUUUCCCUUUUGUUUCAGAAUUUUUCCUUGAUUGGCACAGACAUAAUUACCAAUUUUCCUGCAAUUGAGUGGCAUCACUUGAACGCUUCGAAAGAUAAAGAGGGAAAUGAAAAACUGAUUCAACUUGGAGAAGGUGUCUUUGGUCAGUGCGUAAAGAAAUAUUACAAGGGCAUUCCAGUAGCUGUCGAAGUAUUAAAUCAUUUUUCCUCUUUACAAGAUGUCAGAAAUGAAGCUUAUACUAUGGCACAAUGCUCCCAUCCAUCAAUACCCCAUCUGUUUGGGGUAAAUGUCACAAAAAAACCUUACUUCAUUGUGUCAUAUUUUUACCAUCUUUACAAUAAUUCUUGUACUUUGUACCGUGCCCUCCAGAGUAAAUCAAUGUCCCUUUCACAGUGCUCUGCGGGGAGCAUUGUACUGAAAUUGUGUGAAGCAAUAGAACAUUUGCACUCAAAAAGAUUUCUCCACAGAGAUAUAUAG